CCUUGAUGUUGCAGUGAAACCAUUGUUCCAAUAAUGUUUUAUUGAAUAAAUAGCUGUUUAAGAUAGUGCGAUUAACACAAAAAGCAAUGAGAAAUUUGUCAGAAUCCUUACAAAAAGUUUUGAAAACAUAACCUUGAAAGAUGGCUUUUAUGAGAAUAGUUGGUAAGGCCUGUGGGUUUAUGGGGUAUGCUUUUCAAACGGCCUGCAUUACCCACUGUACUUUUGAAUACGUAGGAGACUUCGUCAUGUGCUCUGGUCCAUCAAUGGAACCUACGCUUCAAACAAACAACAUACUAUUUACUGAACAUGUAUCACCACGGUUGCAGCGGCUACGGCGCGGAGAUAUUGUUAUAUCUCGGAGCCCUUCGAAUCCUAAACAAAAUAUUUGUAAGAGGAUAACUGGUCUUCCCGGUGACCGUGUUAGAGGUAACUUUCCCAAACGUAAUCAAGUAGUUCCUAGAGGCCAUGUGUGGUUAGAAGGAGAUAAUUCCAGUAACUCCGCAGACUCAAGGACUUAUGGACCUGUUCCUGAAGGCUUAAUUAGAAGUAGAGUUGUUUGUCGUGUUUGGCCGUUAGAUAAAAUCGCGUUAAUGUCCCAAUGUUGAAACCAUAAAUAAUAGGAAACCAGUGAUAUUAAACCAACAUGGUUUAUUCUUUAUUGUAAGCGCCCA